AUGAAGAAGGGACGCGAGGGACAGGGCACGUUUGGCGCACCUAAACCUGAGGUGUCGAAAGAACAACAAGAGGAAGCUAAGCGUAAUUUCAUCGCGGCCGUCUCACGCAAAGUGUUUGAUCCGGCCGAUUUGCUGGAAAAUGAUUUGCGAAUGCAAAUCAAGCAACUUCACGUGCGAAUCUGUAAACUGGAAGCAGAUAAAUACGAUUUGGAGAAGCGUCACGAGCGACAGGAGUACGAUUUGAAAGAACUACACGAACGAGAGCGUCAGGUGGCACGCAAUCGUGCCCUACAGAAGGGUUUGGACCCGGAGGAGGCGGCUCGUUCCCUGCAUCCGCCAAAAGUGAACGUGGCCUCGAAAUUCGACCGUCAAAUCGAUCGCAGAUCAUACGCGGAUCGUCGUGAUCUGUAUGAGAAGGUCGGCGUUUUGGUCUUGCUUUUGUUUUGA